AUGAAGAUACAACUAACUGUUGUGUUGUGUGUGGGCGUGUGGUCCCAGGCGUGGGCACAAGACGCCUCCUACGUGUUAGACUCACGAGGGGUGCAGCUGGAUCAAGGCCUCACACCUCCUAAACAGCUCCUUGACAACCACCAGGUCUUAUCCGAGGCCUUCAAGCACCGUUCUGAGGAGUUGGCCAGAACCUACAGCAACGACCAAGUCGCCUACAACGACCCCGACCCAGAGUACAUGUGGGCCUACGAGGUAGACGCCAGGUCAACAGGGGACAAAAAGUCUGCCCGGGAGGAGCGUCGAGGAGACGUAGUGGUGGGCCAGUACAGCGUCAUGGACCCUGAUGGUUCUCUCCGCGUCGUCGACUACUCUGUAGCUCCCGACACUGGCUUCCAGGCCACUGUUACCAAGCAAUCCACCCAUGAAAACUUCCAGAGCCAAAGCCAAUACAACCAGCAAAGGCGCGACCAGUUCCAGAAACAACAGAACCACCGCAACCAGUUCCACAACCAACAGAACCGCCGCAACCAGUUGCAGAACCAACAGAACCGUCCCGACCAACAACAGCAGCACCAGUACCAGCAGAACCAGGAAAGCAUCAACCAGUUCCAACAGAACCAGAACCAAGAGAACCAAAACCUGUACCAGCAGAACCAGCAGGAGGAGAGCCGCAACCAGUAUCAACAAAACCAAAACCAAUUCCAGCAGAAUCAGUAUCAGCAGAACCAGGAGAACCGCAACCAGUACCAACAGAACCAGGAGAACAGCAACCAGUACCAGUCCAAGUAUCGCACGAGUACCAACCAAUACAACCACAACAACCAGUCCAACAACCUCCACAACAACAGGUACAACUCACAGACUUACGGCUCCACCAACAACAACCAGAACUACAACCAAAACUCACACCUCAACUCCAACCUUUUGAACCUGGAAUACAACCAACAACUCUCCCAGUUAUCCACCAACAACCACAACCAGUACGGAAGGAGCCAAGUUAGUGUGGUUCUUGCCGGAAAUCACAAGUAUCGACUACAACAAAUGAACCACUGGCAACACUAA